AUGGAGGGCAGCCCUCGCUUCCGGCAACAGUUUGCUCGCGAUUUGCGGCGCCACCACCGGGGCUAUCGCGAUAUCGUCGUCCCCAAAGGCCCCGUCGAGGAGGCUGUGGAAGAGGAUCCUAGCGAUGCCGAUGCAUCAGCGAUCCCGAAUUUGCAGGUUACCGAUACCGAAUUGAACGCUCUGCAGUCCCGAUUUCUUGAUGUUCGCAGGACCCCCAUCGACGAAUUCAACCGUUCCCAGCCGCUGCUAACGCUUGCAUUCCCUACCCUCUACCCUGACGGCAAGGCCGACUUCGUGGAGCCUCGUUUACGGAGCAUCACGUUCCAGGACUACCUUGCCCAUGCGAUGAGAUGGCAUGACGGACGUUUCGCCCGCCAUAAGACGUGGCCUUUCGUCGCCCUCAACACGCUGUUACAGGAAGCAAUGGCUGAGCCUGACGAGCCGGAGGCUCAGGUCCUGAUCCAGUCGAUCACGCGCCAAGCCGCAGAGUUGGAAGCAUAUGCCUAUAAUCUAGGCAAGCCCGGCCUUUUCGCUACUGCAAGUGCAGCCGAUUACCACUGGGAAUCCCUAUACCGCCAUAUGCCUCGAUUUGACGAGUGGCAAACAGCUCCUGAGGCGGCGCGGAUGGCUCUAUCCCGGCAACUACUGCGAGACAACGCCCACAUCGCUGCGUACCACUUUCAUAAGCGUUAUGCGCUGUUUAGGGCUAUUGUCUUGAAGCAGAAGUUCAACCUAACGGACUCUUGGGGCCGCUACGAGUGGGGCGAGCGGAACGAUGGCCAGAUUAACCACUACAACCGCUUGCUUACCGUUGCGUGGCUAGCCAAUACAGAUGUUUCGCCUUGCACGAGUCUACAGCAGGUAAUCGAUUACGCGGCCAAAUACUGCUCCAAGUCGGAAAAGAAGAGCGAGUCUUUUGCCCAGAUUGGGAAGGCCCUGAUGCCCCGGGUCAAGGACCACAACCCCUUGAUUUCCUUCACGUCAAAGCUCCUCAAUCAGCUGGUUGCGGAGCGGGAUUACUCGAAGCAGGAGGUCAGCCACUUGCUCCUCGGCCUGCCGUUACAGGAAGGGCAUUCCCGCUCCCUCCGUAUUGACGGCGAUGAGGUGGACGAGGCCCCCAACGUUUACGAAAAGUACACUCAACGCCCGGAAGCCCUAGCGGACCUAAGCUACGUCUCCUUCCUGAAAUGCUGGAAUUUCCGCCCUAGGGACCCUUCCAAGUGGAAGCAAUGGCAGCCAGGCAACAUUAACGGCAGGCCUCGAGUGCUGGUUUACUUUCCUCGCUAUCAGGCUGAUCCAGAAGGUCAACAGUGGUCAGAUUACUGUCGUGAAGAUCUUGACCUACUUGGCCGCCGCGAUAUCGACAUCAAUUACGACUGGACACAGCAUGUGGGUACUUAUCCGGAACUCCGAGACGGCUACUGGAAAGACCUUAUCGCUAGCCACCCCAUGGCCAACGAUGUGGAGGUCCUUGGCCCUCACUGGCGUAAUACGCUGAAUACGCAACAACGGCUCGUGUACGACACAUUCAUGGGCCACUUCCAGGCGCAAAAUCCUGCUCAAAUCCUUCUCCACGUUGAUGGUGGUGGUGGCACAGCCGCCCUACCGAAUCCUAGCCCUAUAUGCCGCGUGGCGCCAACAGGCGUUGCGAGUAACCAGAUACAGGGCAGCACCAUUCAUUCGUUGCUGCGCCUCCCAGUAGGCGGUACUUUCACCGACCUUCCCCCGGCCGACGCAGCCGCCCUUCAGUCCCGCCUACGGCACAUCAAAUACCUCGUUAUCGAUGAAAAGAGCAUGCUAGGGCUUGAGCAGCUCGCGCGGAUCGAUUCCCGUUUGCGACAAGCCUUUCCACAGCGUAACCUCGAGUUCUUUGGUGGUGUGAGCGUUGUGCUUGUGGGCGAUUUCUUCCAGUUACCACCAGUCCGACAAAAGCCCCUGUAUUCGACUAGCACCGGCCUGUCUUCGUUGGAAAGGAGAGGGCAGGUGGCCUACCGCCUAUUUGACCGCACCGUCUUCCUGACCACGGCACAGCGCCAGGCUGGUGAUGAUCAGGCCCAGUUCCGUCAGGCGUUGCAGGAACUGCGUGAUGUAAAGUUAUCUAUACCAUCCUGGAACCUCCUUAGCAAUCGGGUACAGGCACGGGUCAACCAAUACAACCACGAGCAUAUGGUGCAUCUCAACGCCCCGGCAAUACAAGUGGAGGCAAAGAAUCACGGCAACGGCGCUGGGCAGGCACCAAGCAACAAUGCUGGCAAUCUAUCUAACAAGUUCCCUGUUGCUAAGGGCACCAGGGUGAUGCUCACGACUAAUCUGUGGCAAUCAGCUGGCCUAGUUAACGGUGCUCAGGUUACUGAUCUCGCUACACGCGACUUCCAGGCCGGUAUUAGCUAUGUUGCCGUCUCACGGGUUACCUCGCUCCAAGGCUUACUCCUUGAGGCGCCGUUCGAUCGUCAGAGCCUCUAUAACCACACGCCGACGGAAGGGAUGAAGAUGCGCCUCGCUGACCAACAACGGCGUCAGGGUCAACAGCUGAGCGAUCCACUGUAUCCACCACUCUACCGUGACUAA